CCAAAAGAAACCUUAAAAAGCUGGCCGGUGAACUUCUUGAUAGCUCUCUCCCAUCAAAAAUCAAUUAUAAUCAUCCCCCUAAGAAAAAACCUGAAACACAAACACAAAACUGUACAAGUCACCAUCUCUCUCUGUCUCUCUUUCUCUCUCAUGUAUGUAAGAUAUGGUGAGAUAUGAAGAAACAGUUAGCUUUCCCUGAAACCCAUGAAGACAAUGACUCAACAUCACCACCAUCAUCAUCAUUCAUCAUCAUAAAUCCUCAUCUCUUUUUGGUUGUCCCUUCUUUGAACCACACCACUUGCUAAUAGCUAGUUGCUAGUUGCAACAGCCACCUACUUCUCAUUUUUCUAUAAGUUACCGUCUCCACUUAUAGUUUCAGCGCUUUAGGGUUGAGAAGAUUAAUUCCACCAGAAGAGCUAGCUAGGGCUUUCAGACAGCUCAGAAAUCUGAGUGUGAAACAUCAAGAACCAUCCUCUUCUUGACAAGACCCAUCACUGGUCUUACUUCAACAGUAAAGCUUGCUUGUUUCUGUGAAGUUUCAAAAAUAACACUCGGCUGCCAAACUUUGUCCGGUUACUGCCUUAUCUUUUCGUGGUUAUUGAUUUUUGAUAUGAAUGUGGUGUAGUAUUGUAAAGGAUCGAAAAAGAAUGAGUUCAACUGUUUCAAAUCCCCAAGGGGUUCUGCAACCUGAUGGUGGUUAUGGUGGUCAUGAAUCCAGAAGUAACAGCAAUUCUGGCUCUUUUGUGCGUCCGGAAUCAGAAUCUAAUGAAAACGAGGAAGCGGAGUUGGUUUCUGUGUCUUGGAACCAGGAUUCUAGUUGUUUUGCUGCUGGAACGAGUCAUGGUUUUCGUAUAUAUAACUGUGAGCCUUUCAAGGAAACUUUCAGGCGUGAGCUGAAGAAUGGAGGGUUUAAAAUUGUGGAGAUGCUUUUCCGAAGCAAUAUAUUGGCGCUUGUUGGUGGUGGACCUAACUCUCAGUACCCUUCAAACAAAGUACUGAUUUGGGAUGAUCAUCAGAGCCGCUGCAUCAGUGAAUUUGCAUUUCGGUCUGAGAUUCGUUCGGUGAAACUAAGAAGGGAUCGGAUCGUUGUUGUUCUUGAACAUAAGAUAUAUGUUUACAAUUUUAUGGACCUAAGACUUCUUCAUCAGAUUGAAACUCAAGCAAAUCCAAGAGGUUUAUGUUGCCUUUCUCAUCAUUCAAAUACAUCUGUGCUGGCUUGCCCUGGUCUUCAUCGAGGAGAGAUUCGAGUUGAACAUUUUGGGCUUAACAUGGUACAAAUCAUAAAUGCUCAUGAUUCCAGUAUUGCGUGCAUGACCUUGACGCUGGAUGGUUUGUUGCUCGCAACUGCCAGUACAAAGGGCACGCUGAUUAGAAUCUUCAAUACCAUGGACGGAACUCGUUUGCAAGAGGUGAGAAGAGGAGUGGACAGGGCAGAUAUCUAUAGCAUUGCACUUUCACCAAACGUGCAGUGGCUGGCAGUAUCAAGCGACAAGGGGACUGUUCACAUUUUCUCUCUUAGAGUUAGAGUAGUUGGGGAGGAUUCUCAUUCCACUGAAAAUGCUGCUCUCCUGACACAGCAAACUUAUUCUAAUUCUCUGCAAGGCCUUGUUUCUCCAACCACUGGUACCAAUCCUGGUUCGUCAUUAUCGUUUAUGAGAGGUGUUCUGCCAAAGUACUUCAGCUCGGAAUGGUCAUAUGCACAGUUCCAUGUAUCAGAAGUCACACAGUUCUUCGCAGCAUUUGGCAGUCACAACACGGUUGCUAUUAUCGGGAUGGAUGGAAGUUUCUACAGAUGCAGCUUUGAUCCGGUGAACGGGGGAGAGAUGGGACAGCUAGAGUAUUUCCACUUUCUAAAGACGGAUAACCGCACCCAAUAAGUCAGAUUCAUGCUCCAAUCACUCCUCUAAGCCUCUGUACAUAACCAUGUCUAUGUAAAUAGAUUUGGUGAGAACGCAUAAGAUUUGAUUCUUGCAUAUUGCUGUUUUGAGUGAAGGACAUGCAUAUUGAUUGGGAAUAUGUACAUAGAAAGAUUUUAUUCGCAACAGUUUGAUUCUAAACACUGUUAUGUAAAGUUUCUGAUAACACAAUAUAAGGAGUAAUAACAAUUGAAGAAAACAGCUUCAUCGAA